UCUGGUGUUUGACAUGUAGAAUAACUCCCUGCACUUUUCUGGUUAUGGGUCCCUCACAUUCAUCUGUGUCUCUUAUGUCCCCCUUCUAGGUUUAUUGUGCCCACCAUGCUGCGUCUCUCUGUUCUCCUCGCUGCCCUCUGUGCAGUCGCUUAUGGCUGCCCCACAAUCCUCAGUAAAUCCCAGUGGGGCGGACGAUCUCCCACCUGCAGGACCGCAAUGGCCACACCGGUCACAUACGUGGUCGUCCAUCACACAGAGGGAGCAUCCUGUACCACCCAGUCUACCUGCAUCACCCAGGUCAAGAACAUCCAGAGUUACCACAUGAACAGCAACGGCUGGUGUGACAUCGGAUACAACUUCCUGGUCGGAGAGGACGGAUACGCUUAUGAAGGACGUGGCUGGACUUCGGUCGGAGCUCAUGCACCAAAUUACAACUCAAACUCGAUCGGCAUCAGCGUGAUUGGAUCCUUCUCCAGCCGUAACCCCAACACCGCAGCUCAGAACACAGUUAAAAACCUCAUCAGCUGCGGGGUCUCCAGAGGCUACAUUAAAUCUGCCUACAUCCUGAAGGCCCAUCGCAACGUGACAGCCACGGAUUGUCCAGGGAACACCUUCUACAGUACUGUGACAACCUGGCCCCGCUUCCAGGCUUAAACCCCAAGUAACUGCUUGGUAACCGUAACCCAGGUGGCUGAAUCAUGGGACGGAAGUUCAGUGGAGGAAUGAAGAAAUCCAGCCAUCACAUUCCUUUACCUGCCUCAACACUAAACUUUCCUGACCCAGAAGCAAAAUAAAUGCAACUAAACAAA